AUGGUGAGCGCGGAGUGGCACCACUACUCGGAGGCUCCGCCGCCGAGCUCUGCGCCGGCGGCGGAGGGACUCCCAUUCCGAGGGUUCAUAGUGGCGCGCCGCCGGGUUUGCAGAUUCUCCGAGAAGAAGGAAUCGGCUGGUACCAGAGAGGAAAAGAUCAACUCCAUCUCCGGCGUGUCCUACAGAGCCCAGUGGGCGACCCACAACUUCUCCUGCCUCAGGCAGGAGGAGAUGGAUGGCGAUCCACCCCCGGCGCUCGGCGGCGUAAGGAUGUGGGUGGUGAAGGGAUUCUCAGGGCGAGAUGGAUCGGAAAACUGCUGUCACGGAGAUUCAACGGGCUGCUCAAGAGGCGGCGCAGAGGCACUGAAGAUGACGAUGAACUCCGCUCAUCUGGAAGCUUCUGUAUCCAGAGGAACCGCCUCCAUUGCCUUCUGUUCUAGCCACCAAAGGGCCUCCCCCGAGGCCAGGAAUGAGGAGUUGUCCGCAGGUUCUCGCUCUUCUCCUCCGCAGAGUCGAUAUCAGUGGGGAAGAUCAUCAUCUCCACCAGGUACGUAUAUAUCCAUCUAUAUGGGUGUGGUGUAUUAUUGAUGCAGAGCUUCUUGGGUGGGUGCCCAGAUGGAUUAAUGGGUUGUCCUCCUUUGUCUAGGUUUGGCCACUCCCGGACACAAGGAGAAGGUACUCUCUCUCUCUCUCUCUCUCUCUCUCUCUCUCUCUUCAAAGACUGGUUCUUGAUCCCCGUCAAGGAGAGAGAUCCCAUUGGUCGCACCGUUGGUUGACCUCUUCGGGUUUUGCAGGUUCUCGUGCAGGUGGAGCAGGGGAGGGAGCCCCAGUUGGCUCUCGGCCUGCAGGUGGAGGCUGCGAGCGGGGAUCAAGGAUCCAUAUCGCUUGACGCAGACGUUGACUUCUCGGCUCCGGUGAUCUCGGUUGAUUAUGCUGCUUGCCGACGCCCAUCCUUGUCGAGGAUGGGCGGCGUGUCGGUGGAGGGUGCGGCCUCUGAUAAACCAGAGAAGUCAAAGUCGGAAUACCCCAGCUGCCUGGUCGGAGACCAUCCAGAUGCCGACCAGGAGGAGAGGAGCAGGUGGGUCAAGCGGCUUAAGGUGGUAAGAUCCGGCGGCCACAGCGGCGCCAGCGCUCUGGCUGGCCGAAGGGAGCAGCGGCUGUGCAGUCGUGUGAUGAACUACAGCCGGUCGAACCCGUUCACCCUGGCGAAGUGCCUUCGGGAGCAACGGCAGUUCCAGAAGACCAUGCUUCUGCUGCGAAGCAGCGACUCCCUGGCGGCGCCUCCGGUGGAUUCGCAUCCCUGGAUCCGGCGGUGGAGCCGGAAGAGCCGGCUGACACCACCGCCUCCAGGCCAGGAGGUGGAGAGGGUGGAGCCGUUGCCGGAGAAGCUGGAAGGGUGCCCGUUCCCCAGCCUCGCGGCCAUGGCGUUGAUGGGGAAGGCGAUCAAUAACUUCCGGCCCUGCAAGUUCCAAAGGAGGGGGUCAUCCCUGGUUUGGAACACGGAGGGGCUAUAG